AUGUCGGACUACGUUGCGCUGGCAGCCCAGGCGCGGGUGAACCUGACCGGUGACGCCACAACGCCGGCCGGCGUCCGCCCCACCACCAUUCCGGCAGUGACGCUGCGUCUGAUUUACGAUCUAGAUGCGUUGGCUAAAAUUCCCGUCGACCCUGACAUUCCGCCGCCACCUGUAGGCGACCCCCAAAAGCGACGUCCUAGCCAGCCGGAGGAGGACUCUUCGUCUAGCGAUGAGGAGGAGGAACCCCAGCCCGGCCCGGGACCUAGACGCCAACGUCGGCCGCUCACUCGAGCCGAGAGGGAUCGAAGAGAGAUAGAGGAGGCAUUGGCCGAGGACGAACUCGAGGAUAGGCUGAACGCGAGCGUCCCGCGAGGAGAGUUUACGGCGGCUGAGUUUGUGGUCGAGGAUCUGAAGAACAGCGACAUCGAAGUGCUGAUAGCCAAUGCCCUUCGCCACACGGAGACGCUCGAGGAAGGGUCGUCGCUACGGCAGUACAUAUCGUGGAUACUAGACUACAAGCGGUGGGCGGUGGAUGCUCUUCCGUCAGAAGGUGACGACCUGGAGCCGGGGUCCAUACUCACUGACAAGGACGAAAUCGGCAAGCACAUCGGCGAUGAUUUGGGCGAACGUUGGCACACCGCCCCGCGCCAGUUCAUCUGGUUGCACGGCCCGAGGACCAACGAGCCUCGAAUUCGCGCUUACGUCUUGUUCAGAGCGCGAGAGACCCUCAUCGAGGCAAUGAGGAGCGAAGAGGGCAACACCGCCAUGCGCACGCAGCCGAUCAAGCCUUGCACGGUCAACAUGCUACUCGGCCGCAUCAAGGCCCUUCAGAUGGCGGCCAAGAUAGAGGCGACCCUGUACAAGGAGAAGGAGCUGCACAUCAUGCAGGACAUCUCGGUCGUCCGCACGGAAGUGCGCGUCAUGGUUCGUGGAAAGAACAAAGCCGACACCAACGUACGCGAGAUCACGCUCGCCGACAUCUUUCUGUACCGCCUUGCUAGCGGGUCGUCGGUGAACCCUGACAACCGGCCAAUGGUCAUGGUCAUCGCGCAGCGCAACUCGAAGGCGUGCAAGGACGCCCGUCUUCAUCACAGCUACGCGGCGAGGCACUUAGAGGCGGAACUGUGUGCUGUGGGCGAUACAAUCCUCUGGCUGCACUUCAUCUACGACCAGGUCCCCCAGAUCUUCGGCGUCCGCACGGCCGCUGGACGUACGCCGACCGGAGCUCUGGCGGAAGAGCUUGCACAAGGGCCUGAGGCGAACACGGCCGCGGUGCACUUCAUCCAGACCAUGCUGGAUGCACGCCGCAUUGCGGCCGAGGACCUCGCGGUGAAACUCGUCCGCACUCCGUGGCACCCUCAGGUCCAGGCUUCGAGGCUUUGUCGGGAUCGCGACUUUCAGGCGUGGGCGAAGGACAUCGAGAAGAUUGACACCGAGACGAUCGCCAAGCGCCGGUCGCCGAUCCCGACCCAGCCAGCUGUCGACCUUCUGAACGAGACGCUGGCCCACGAGAGGCACAAAGCGACGCUCAAGCAGAUGAAGGUGGAGAAGGAGCUCGAGGAGGCGCGUGCUGCUAUCGCGGCGAGGGACGCCGAGAUCUCCCGGCUGAUGGAGGAGCUCAAGAUCUCCGAGGCACGUAGGGCGCCAGCGCCACAGGCGCCUUCUAGGCCGACGACCCUGGAAGAGGAGGCAGCUGCGGCCGCUAAGCAUGCUCAGUUGGACGCCGAGGCUCGCUACGAGGCCCUGGUUGUCGACCCAUGGAGAAAGGCCGAGACUGUGGUAGAGGCCUGGCGCUUCUGGAACUGCCCCACCACCACGGACCGCCGGCGUCUCUGCGACAGGAUCAACGAGCCAGGUUUCAUCGGGCGGCACAGCCUCCUGGGCAAGUCGUCGGCCAACGCAAAACAGGGUGAGAUGCGCCGAAUGAGGAGGGCGAUGGAGGCCGUGCGCCGCUUCCGCGCGUCAGACGGAGAGGCCGACAGCGCCGCCGUCAUCAAGAAACUCGACGAGCUCGCUGCGUCGGGAAUUGUGACCUUCUGCGAUGCUCUGAAGAUCAUCGACGCCGACGCGCUACCGAUACACACGGAGGGGAACCUGGGCAUCAAGGGGCUUUCUAAGGGUGAAAAGCCCAAGCUGACGGUUGCUUGGGGACUGGUGGCGGCGGGAUACAUGACGCACAAGUGGGGCGAGGACAUGUUCCCGACCACGUGGGAAGAGCAGAAAGCUGUGGCGGCCCAAGCGGCCGCGGAGCAGGCCGCUGGAAGACCGCCGCCGCCGCCGACGAAGACGUCCAAGCGUCGGAAGCCGGGCUGA